CGUGAUAAUCAAAUUCCAUUAAACUUCUGUCCUUAUGCAUUACACUGCUAAAAUCUUAACCCAAAAGAGGAACCCUUUUUGCAAGAAAAUGGAGCUUCGGAAAACCCAUUUUCUUCUCAAAUCAAUUCUAUUGCUGAUUUUUUUCUUGCUCUUUGUUUCUGUAAGUUAUCAAAUUUCGAUCCCUGCCAAACAAGAUGGGUUCUGGUACGAGAACAGAACACCAAAGGUAGAUUCAAUUUUAAUCGAGGCUUUCUUUGAUCCAGUUUGCCCCGACAGUAGAGAUGCAUGGCCCCCACUUAAACAAGCUCUACAGCAAUACGGUUCUCGUGUCUCUCUUCUUGUCCAUCCAUUCCCUUUGCCUUACCAUGACAAUGCAUUUCUUACCUCGCGUGCAUUGCAUGUUGUCAAUAAGUUGAAUGCUUCUGCCACGUACAAGCUACUGGAGUCGUUCUUUGAUCAUCAGGAAGAGUUUUACAACAAAGCGACUUUCGACUUGUCUAGAGCAUCUCUUGUCGAAAAAGUUGCGAGAUUUUCAACUAAUGCAAUUGGAAAUUCGAAUUAUGAUGUGAUUAAGGCUGGCUUUACUGACUACAAAACUGAUCAGGCCACAAGAUUUUCCUUCAAGUAUGGCUGUGUGAAAGGUGUGUAUGGAACUCCCUUCUUCUUUAUAAAUGGGUUUCCGCUACCAGACGCUGGCUCAGCAGUGGACUAUAAAGGGUGGAGACGCGUCCUCGACCCAUUGGUUCAUCAGCAGGACACUGGGAGGAAUGACCUUUUGCAUUUCUUCUUGUGAAUCACAGAUCUUUAACUAUCUAUUUGCAUCUAUCUCGAUCGUUAGAUUACUGAGAAAGACUAAUAUGUAUCUUGUUUAUAAUAAAUCGGUUGUUAACGUAGUUUGCUGGCUAAAGUGAUUUCAGUAUGAGUAUUUCUAUGCAGUUACUGAUAAUGGA